UGGUUCGUGAUUUCCUACCAUCUGGUUCCCAACAUCACCGUUAAGCAACAUCGCUGUUAGCCCGGCCUUGGUCCAGGCGCGAUGUCCCACGAUGUUUUUGUUUAGGCUACGGCGGAUUUUCAUGGAGGGGAGGUCUCCUAAGACAUGGUCAGGAUCGGCUUCGAGGAGUCGCCCAACGCGAGGUUUUCGCCUGGUGGCACAGAUCGAUCCGGGUCGACACCGCAGACAGAUGGGGUCUAGGGCACUGGUCGUGAUGUUUGGCGAAGUUGAAUGUUUUUCGCAAUGUCGGGUCUCAGGGGAGGGAGAGUCGAGACAACGGUAGUUAGCCUUCUGGGGACCCGUCGUUGUCACGGCUAAACGCAGCUCGGAAGAUUGGUGCGUUCGUACCCUGGGAGUGGUCCGGGGAUCGAUUCUGAGCUGGUCUCAAGUCGCCUUGCUACUAGGUGAUGUUCACUCUAUAUCAACUCGUGAACCACUUGGUGUCCUACUGGUGCUCUCUGUGCGAGCGAACGAUCUUCGCCAACCUGUGCCCCGCCGCGACCAUGCUGGUAGAGAUGACCGUCAUGCCGGCGGCGAUCAAGGUACAGGGCAGCCCCCGAAAACAUGCUUCCGUGGCUACCAUGGUGCUCGGAGCAGCCUUGUUCUGCAUGCAGUAUAAGCACUUCUCCUGUGCAGGGGUGGCGGUGGCAUUGUUGAUGGUCGUGGUGACGAUUCCUUACAGGCUGCUCCAGCGCUGGUUACUUUUCGAGUGCAGCGGGCUGACAGUUGGACUCAUGGCUUGCUACGACGGCCUCUUCCUUUUUGGGCCCUCGAGUAUCAUCUUCGCAGCCAACAGCAGGCCAGACAUGUGGUCGCAGUGGAACGAGUGGCUGUCCUCGCCGCAAAUAUGUCUUAUGCUAUUCCUCUCCCUCAUCGCCUUCUCUGCGAAUCAUUGCGUCAGCCUUGUGAUGCUCCGCUGCGCAUCGGCAACCAACUACCUGGUCAUGCAUAAUGUCGCCAACAUCCUGGUGGUCUGCCUAGGCAUCGUAAUAUUCCAUGACAAGGUGAUGACCUCUCCUGUCAUGAUGAUUGGCAUCUUGAUGAGUUUGGGAGGUGGCCUCUGGUAUGCCUCUGAGUCGCUCUCGACUGACGCUCGCUUGUCGAAGGCCGAAGCGAAAUCGCAGAUGGCGCCCGACAAGGCCAAGCCGUAGGCCAGUAAUCGCUCUUCUCGGGGGGUGUGGGACGAGGGGGAGGGAUCGUCCCGAAGGGCCGCCGGAGACCCGAGUUAUGCCCCGAGAACUCCUCUCGGCAGCGCGCCCACGGGGGGAAGUGAGACGCAGAAUGCCUUCUCAGAAAGCGGCGGGAUUUCUCAAAAGUCCUCGCCCCUUCUGAGAAGUUUUCUGUGUCUCCGGGGAAGGCUUAGGACACUUUCCAGAAGGCAGGGGGACUUCCGAGCCUUCUGAGAAGGUCCGCCCUUUCUCAUUUCCCCCUUGGCGCGCCGCCGAUGCAGAUCGUCAGCAACAGGUAGAUAGCGCCGCCCCUGUCAGAAGUCUGAUCUUUCACUUUGUUGCGGCACCCGGCUGUGAGACCACCAGUGUCGUGGAGGCCGAAGGUUGCCGCUUCCGCGAGCCAGUGAGCACAUUGCCGCCUCUCCGCGGCACGACUACAAAAGGAA